AUGUUACAUAAAUCCUUAUCAGCAGUAAAAGCAGAAUUUCAGAGUGAAUAUGAGAGGAUAAAACAUGAGAUAAAACAAAAUAUUCUUCUACUUCAGGUGUUAAAAGUAGUUCAAGAACGGGAAGAUCACUAUAGUGAUGAGAUGGAACAGAGCUUAAUUCAGUGCGGGGUUACAACGACUACUGCUAGCUUGGAAAAGCUCUACAACUUGCCCUUCCCGCAAACUGCGCAAAAAACCAUGCCCACACAAUACUUUCCAGGAUCAACACUAGCUCUUUUUUGUAAAUCUUCAGUUUCAACGGCUGUGACAAUCUUUAACGCGUUUCGGGUCAAGUACGAUGAAAUAGCUAGUAUUGUGUGCAAGAAUGAUGCUAGUUUUGAGAAUGUCCUUGGAGUACUUGGCCAGCAUUGUGAAUUUUACAAGAAUGAGAUGAACGAAUUCAUAAGACGCGAAGGUGAAGGCAUCACUCUUGCAGCUUUGAAAGAGCAACAUGCCAGCAAGAUGGAAGAAGUCUUAAAAAAUAUAGAAUCAGAACUCGCUAAAAUUGCUGAAGGGUCGUCGACGAGAUGGUUAAAAAGCAUAAGAGCAGCUUAUAUGGAGUUGGAGAAACCUAUUAAGGAAAAAGAAACUGAGCUGAAUCCUAAAGCGAAGGUUCUCUUAGCAACCAGUGUCAUUCCGGUUACUACAUUAACAACAGCAGCGGCAACUCCAGCUGUGCUACCUGCUGUUUUUAACAGUAUUGCUGCUACUGAGGCUAUUGGUGGUGCUGCCAGCGCAGGUGUUGCCUUCUUCGGUUUAUUCAGUCUUGGAAGUGCCUAUCUGCGACGUAAAAAGUAA